AUGAAUUAUCACCUGGAUCAAUGGAGGUUCAACGCUAGCAAUGAAAGCUCGAGCACACAUGAUCAAAUCAAAGUCGUCAAAGAAUGGAAGGGCAUGGCCGUGCAUCGCUUACCAUGCCGAGGAGAUCAUAAUUCAGAUUCACACACAAUCCUAAACGGGGAUACUGUUCACCGGAAAAAUACGGUAUACAUGGUAUACAACACCACCGCUUCUCACCCAUUUAUGGUGGUGUUAAGGGUUGCAUGCGUGGCGCCUACAUUGGAUUCGGACUUUCACCAGCCACAUCGAUUAGAAUCAGACGGGAACAAUAUGAAAGGGCCGGGCGGCCUUUCACAAAUUCAGCGCGUGCCUUACACACCUGUCAUUUAG